AGGGGAGAGAGGCAGUUACUUUUGUCGGAGAAGCUAUGGCCGUCGAAGACGCUCCGAGACCUGUCGUUGGCGACGAAGCGAACGCUGAUCCUAUGCAAAGGCCGGCGGAUGGAGCCGAUGAUGAAAUUGAAGAGGCGGAGGAGGGAGAGAUCGUCGGCGGGGAUGGAGACGGAGAUGGAGACAUUGACGGAACGCGCAAAUCGGAGGCUGCGGCUCCUCAGACGCACCCUCUUGAGCAAUCAUGGACUUUCUGGUUCGAUAAUCCGUCUGUAAAAUCCAAGCAGGUCACCUGGGGAAGCUCCCUGCGCCCCGUUUACACCUUCUCUACUGCCGAGGAGUUCUGGAGCCUGUACAAUAACAUACGCCAUCCAAGCAAGUUGGCCCACGGAGCCGAUUUCUACUGUUUCAAACACAAAAUCGAACCAAAAUGGGAGGAUCCUAUUUGCGCGAAUGGAGGGAAGUGGACCAUGACCUUCUCCAAGGGAAAGUCUGAUACUUGUUGGCUCUACACUUUACUUGCAUUGAUUGGAGAACAAUUUGAUCAUGGGGAUGAGAUCUGUGGAGCGGUUGUCAACAUCAGAGGAAAACAAGAAAGGAUAUCCCUUUGGACAAAAAACGCCACCAACGAAGCUGCCCAAGUAAGCAUCGGAAGACAGUGGAAGGAGUUUUUAGAUUACAACGAGUCCAUAUGUUUCAUCAUUCACGAGGAUGCGAAGAAGCACGACAGAGGCGCCAAGAGCGCAUACACCGUCUAAAGACACAAGACAAAAGCAUUAAUCUCCCUUCCCUUUCACUGCUGUUUUAUACGAUCAUUCACAUUUGCCAUGUGUUCCCUGACAUUUUUUAUAUCACAUUUAACAGUUUAUUCGACAGCAUCAUUUUCCUUUU